GUUUGUCCUUGUGCCUCUUCUGCUGCCCUCUAAUCGCAAAUAAUGAAAGACGAAACAAAAACAACUCGUUUUGCGAUGCGGACAUGUGUUACUGCAGCGGCAGGUCUUGGUGGCAAUAGAAACAGCUGUUAGAUGGUGAUGGGUAUAUUAAGAUCAAACCCACAUCUUUGAUGAAGUAUUUUUUGAGGCGAAAUGGAUGUAUCUGAUAUACAAGAUUUUUUUAGCAAGUUGAAUGAACAUUUGUCCAACUUCAGCUAUAUGAAUGGGUUUUCACCAACACAGGCAGAUUGCUAUGUGUAUAGAAUCUUGUCUUCUCAGUUUCCUCCUCCACAGAACUUACCACACAUCCUUCGCUGGUUUAAACAUAUUCAAAGCUUUAAACAAGUAGAAAAAGACAAGUUCCCACAGCACAUGGACCAUUUCAUGGCCUGCACCUUACUCAUUAAAUCAAUGGAGGAGAUUAGCACCAUGGCUCCAAGUGGCGAUACUCUGUCAUGGGAGAAUAAACAAAUUCUAAUUUCACGCAACCUGCAAGAAGUACUAGGGGAAGAGAAAAUGAUUGAAGUGCUGAAGGAAAGAGACCUAAAAAUCUAUUGGGGGACAGCCACAACUGGAAAACCUCAUGUAGCUUACUUUGUGCCAAUGGCUAAAAUAGCGGACUUUUUGAGAGCAAACUGUGAGGUGACAGUGUUGUUUGCAGAUCUGCAUGCAUACCUGGACAACAUGAAAGCCCCCUGGGAAUUGCUGACGCGACGGUCAGAGUACUAUGAACAAGUUAUCAAGGCCAUGCUUGAGACUAUUGGUGUUCCACUAGAAAAGUUGAAGUUUGUGAAAGGAACAGAUUAUCAGCUAUCCAGGGAGUAUACUUUGGAUGUGUACAGACUAAGCUCUGUUAUUACGGAGCAUGAUGCCAAGAAAGCUGGUGCCGAAGUGGUGAAGCAAGUUGAACAUCCAUUAUUAUCUGGGCUUCUCUAUCCAGGACUACAAGCGUUGGAUGAAGAGUAUUUACAUGUGGACGCUCAAUUCGGAGGAGUGGACCAGCGAAAAAUAUUCACAUUUGCAGAGAAAUAUCUACCUCAGCUGGGAUAUGCAAAGAGGAUACAUCUUAUGAACCCAAUGGUGCCUGGACUUGCUGGAGGGAAGAUGUCAUCUUCAGAAGAAGACAGUAAGAUAGAUCUUCUUGAUGGUCCAGCAGCCGUUAAGAAGAAACUAAAGAAAGCUUUCUGCGAGCCAGGCAACGUGGCUGAUAACGGUGUGCUGGCAUUUGUCAAGCAUGUCUUGUUCAACCUUUUCAGCCAAGAUGAAGGAUUUAGAGUUUCCCGUGACGCUGCUUAUGGUGGAGACGCUACAUAUCAAACGUAUGAAGAACUGGAGCUGGCAUUCGGAAGAGAGGAAGUGCAUCCAGGAGACUUAAAGGCUGCUGUUGAGGGCUACAUUAACAGAUUACUGGAGCCAAUAAGGAAGAAGUUUGAGGACCCUGCACUUAAGAUGCUAACUGAGAAAGCUUACCCACCUCCGAGCAAACCGAAAGUACCUGCAGGUGAUAUAUCGCCACAUCGCCUGGAUAUUCGAAUAGGCAAAAUUGUGGAAGUUGCGAAGCAUCCGGAUGCGGAUGCUCUGUAUGUUGAGAAAAUAGACGUAGGUGAAUCCUCGCCCCGCACAAUAGUAAGCGGAUUGGUGAACUAUGUUCCAAUAGAAGAGAUGCAAAACCGUGUGGUGGUGGUUUUAUGUAACCUGAAGCCUGCCAAAAUGAGGGGAAUUGAGUCAAAUGGCAUGGUACUUUGUGCAUCUUCGGAUGAACCAAAAGCUGUGGAACCACUAAUUCCACCUGCGGGAAGUUCGCCUGGCGAACGCGUGCUCAUAGAAGGCUACGAGUCGGGUACACCGGACGACGUUCUGAACCCUAAAAAGAAGAUCUGGGAAAAAUUGCAGGUGGAUUUAAAGACGACGACCAACUGCGAGGCUCAGUGGCAAGGCAAUGCUUUGUCCACGCGAACUGGCAAGAUUACGUCCAAGUCUCUCAAAAAUGCUCCCAUCAAAUAAGACAGCGCCUCGUCAUAAAAUGUAGUUUGACGGGGGCACUUCGAUAUUGUCCUGAAGUGGAACUUACAAAGAAAUUCUUGCUGUUGGGCUUAACGGAAUAUUCAAUUUGUGCAGACGAAACAGAUAUGGAGGCAUCAGCUUGCAUUGAAGUUCUUUAGGAAAAUGUACUUUGUGGUGCGAAAAGAGCUUCCGUAUUUCUCUCUCAACAGGAUUCCAGUAAGAAAAUUUGUAUUCACGUUCAUUCAGUUUCCUUUGUCCACCUGCGAGAUCUUGUCGAGUCUUAAAGACGUUACAGCUCUCAAGUCAUUUCCAGUCGGUUAGCGACCGAAGAUUUGCAUUUUUUCCAGCGUCGUUCAAAUUUUUCGUCUAAACUCCAGACCCAAAGGCACCGGAAGUUUAGAAGCCGUGCACUUCACAGCGCAACCUUAUCGAGAUUAGAGCGCGAUCUGGCCGCCGCGAAGUUGGACCAUUUUCCGAGAACCGUCUCUCGGAUGCAGCGACGGUGUGUUUCGAGGUUAAACGUCGUAAUUCAGUUACAGUAAUUUUUGUGUAAUGUUUCUCAGAACAACUGAAUUAAAAUACGUGUCAGCCCUUCAAAUUAAAUGACUUUACGUCGUAAUGCGGUUAUCAGAUCACACCAAAAAUAAGGAAUAAAUUUUUUUUGAAAAUGCCCUGGGCGACUGCCUGAUUCCGUUUCGUUAAUGUGAGAAAUGGGUAGAAUUAUUACAAAUUUCGCUGCGUGCACUGAAAAUUCAGUGUUUAAAACAUUUUAUAAUUCUUCUUACGUACUUUUUAAAAAAUACGUAUUUCCAAAAAGUGUUAUUUUUGAGGAGAUGAAUGCGCAGUAUUAAAUUUGUAAUGUUUUUGAUUGUAAGUUGUGGAUUUUUUCUCUAAGAGACUCAUUUAUUAGAACUAGGUGUAAGAUGAUGCCUCGUAUUUGUUACUUAAAUUUUAAUUUAUGUACGUACCAGAUAGUUAAGACACGUUACACGAAACUUCCUAAUGACCGUCGAAUCUCACUUUUUCAUGCUGUACGACGUACCUGCACAAAUUAAUUGCUGCUUCAUGCAAUUUGUGAUGCGAGUUUCAUUUUCCGAGUCGCCGCGUUUCUCUGUUUGAAGACGCCGUCAACUGUAAGAGACGCAACCUGAUUUCAGAAAAUUUUAAAAUGUGAAGAAAAAAAAUUGUGUCUUAAAAAUCAAAGAAAUGUGGUAAUUUGGUUUUGGUUUUAAUUAUCAAAAAAUAAUAUUCUUAGAAUUUAUAGCGACACGCUUGGUAAUGCAAGAAUUUUAAUAGGUUUAAAGUAAAAUUCAGAAACUAAAAUUUUUGUAAAACUUCUGCAGGAAGCGUUGAUAAAAUCCGCGGCAAAUGUUAAGUUCUACGAAAAAGAUGUGGAAAUCAGUUUGUGAGCAACGUUUCGCUAUGCAUUCCAAGCCUUAAUAACCUUUUUGAAAAGGAAUCAGUUCAUUUAUUCUGUAAUUUGUCGUGGAAUUGUUGAAUGGUUCGAAAGAGUUCUGUCAAGCGAA